UCCGGAUUCUGUAAGUCCUUAGAUCGAGUCAGUAGGUCUUGUCAGUCAGGGGGUGGUGAGGAGUGAAACUGUCGGCCGGUUGUGCACCUGACACCAUGCUUGACACACGUGGUGGGAAGAGUACUACCCCUCACACCCAGGCUCAGGAGGAGCAAUUCGCCGCCAUCCUGAGAGAGAGAAGGGAGAAAAAGGAGAAGGAGCUCCUCAAGCAAGCGAAGCUGAAGGCGAUAGCUGAGGAGCAGGCGAAGAAGAAGAAGAAAUUGGAAGAAGAGAUGACCAGAUUGCAACAGGAGGAGGAAGAGAAAAGAACGGUUGCCGAAGAAGCAGCAGCAGCAGAGGAGGAAGUAGAAGAAGAACCCCUCGAAAGGAGGCAGCCCGUGCGAGGGCAUUUCUUUGAUAAGACCCAACAGACCAAUAUGACGUACGAUGCGUUAAGUAGAGAAGUGGUCCUGUUUGAGGCAAAGCCCAUGCCAGUUUCCACGUUCUGGCAUAAGGACUUAGAUAAGGGAAAGAAGUGGAAAGGUCGUACCAUCUCAGGUCAGGUCUUGGAGAAGCUGAGAGAGGCUAACUUCAAGAUCAACGCAAAGAAGUGCGAGUGGGCCAAGACACAAGUCUUGUACUUGGGCCGCGUCUUAGACGGAGAUGGCAUCAAGCCUGAGGACAGCAAAAUAGCAGCGAUUAGAGAUUGGUCGACAGCCCGCACAUUGACUGAGGUGCGGUCGUUCCUAGGCCUAGCUAACUAUUAUAGGAAGUUUGUGAGGAACUUCUCGACUAUCGUCGCUCCCCUUCGCAGGUUGCUCAAGAAAGAGGCAAUCUGGCAGUGGGAUAAAGAUUGUACGUUUGCGCUAAAGAAGUUAAAGCGCGCGUUAAUAGAGUAUCCUGUCCUCAAAGUUGCAGAUCCGUCUUUGCCAUUUGUCGUCACCACCGACCUGAGUCAGUAUGGUAUAGGCGUCGUGUUACAGCAAGACGACGGCAAUGGCUAUAGACCCGUAGAGUUCAUGUCAGCGAGGAUGCCCUCAGAGAAGGUAGCCACCUCGACUUACGGGAGAGAACUCUACGCUAUCAGGCAGGCCUUAGAGCACUGGAAGCAUUACCUGCUUGGGAGGCACUUCAAGGUGUAUUCAGACCACGAGACGCUUAGAUGGCUGAAGACACAGGCCAAAAUGACACCUAAGUUGACUAGGUGGGCCGCUGAAAUAGACGAGUAUGACUUUGAGCUCAAGCCUGUUAAAGGCAACUACAAUGUAGUUGUGGACGCUCUGGGUAGGAGAUCAGACUACUUUGGAGCCAUAGUUCACUAUCUGGACAUAGGGAGUGACCUGCAGGAGAAAGUUAGACAGGCAUAUGUGCAGGGCCCUAUUUAUAGUGACCACCUCAAGAGAGUUAAGGAGGCCCCAAAGACCGAACCACAUUACCGCACUACAGAAGGGUUACUGUUCGAGAAGACCGACGUAGUAGACCGUCUGUGUGUUCCCAACAGUGAGGAGAUCCGUAGUUUGAUCCUGGGGGAAUGUCACGACACAUAGGGACAUUUCGGUUGGCAAAAGACUAUAGCCAAUCUGAUGCGUUCGUACACUUGGCCAGGAAUGAAAGCUGACUGCAUAG